UGCUGAUAAAAGAGAAGUAAAUAAAAAGUUUUCUGUUAUGAAUAAACUUUUAAACGCGCGCGUAUAAAAACUAAGUAUAUAAAUUAAGGUAAAAUUUCUAAUCAAAACAAGGAUGUCAACAAAAGUAGUAGCGACAGCGACAGUGCGUGCAUUGAAAGGACGAAAAUUGUUGCCCACACGCGCAGCACUUACAUUGACAAAUUCGGCUGUAAAACGUAUUAAGGAAUUACUGCAAGAUAAACCAGAAUUCACAGGUUUGAAGGUAGGCGUCCGACAGCGUGGUUGUAAUGGGCUCUCAUAUACGCUGAACUAUGCCGAGGGAAAAGAUAAGUUCGACGAAGAAGUAGUACAAGAUGGUGUCAAAGUGUAUAUAGAUAAGAAGGCGCAGUUGUCUUUGCUUGGCACUGAAAUGGAUUUCGUGGAGUCCAAGCUUUCCAGUGAAUUCGUUUUUAAUAAUCCAAACAUAAAAGGAACUUGCGGAUGUGGCGAAUCGUUUAGCUUUUAAUUCGGCCAACUGAUGAAUAUUAUUAUAAAUGUAUGUAAUAGUAACAGCUUAAGGGCACGUAGAAAAUGAUACUUAAAAUGUGCGUAGUUUUCUACGUUCUCUUAAGCAUAAGUCUGCUAGAAAUUAGUUUAAACAAAUUUUUUGACUAAGUAAUAGUUCUGUGAAUACGUUUGUUUUAAAAAACAUUUAAAACACUUAAAAUAUGUUAAUUCAAUAUAAACAUAAUUAUAAAUAAAAGCCGCUUAAAAAGCUUUUGGCAGUACAGC